AUGUUACGUCGACGUUUUUUCGUUUUAUACUAUUUUUUCAGAUUUGAACACUUGGUCCAUUUAGCUUUGGUCAUUGAAAUAAUGUAAGCUUUCAAUAUUUUUCCACAUCUUUCUAUUUGAAAAUUUUAGGCCUUCCCCGCCAGCUACGGUUCGAGUUUCUACCGUGGAACCGCCGGAGUUCUCUUCUAAUAGGUUGAAUGAUUAAAAAUUGAUCCAUUUGGUUAAAAUGAAUUCCAAAUUUUGUUUAAUAAUCAAUUUAAAAAAAGUGCUUUGUCGCUUAUUGCAGGAAAGAUUGCGAUAUUUUCCUCUUUUUUGCUUUUUUUUUUGUUUCUGUCUAGGGCUUCCUAUGAAACCCCUCUAGGGGCCCCUCCAAAGUUUCUCAAUAUGUUCAGAAACCUUUGAUGGUGUAUUUGAAGGCGCAAAUUUUUUUGGCUCACCGAAAAUCUGAAGACCUCGAAAAAUUUUUAUAAUAUUUCUCUUUGCGCUUUCAAAAACAUCACAAAGUAUUUACGAAUAGAAUAUAUAUUCGAUUUGUCAAAUCCCCUCACAAUCCGAAAAACUUGCAUGGUUCAGAUUGUUCGUGUGCAAUUUGCCUUUCCGCUUCAAGGAUGACGACUUGAUGAGCAUGUUCAAAAAGUCGAAACCUCUGUUAAGGCCCCGAAAAUCUUUGUCUCUUUCGUUCAGGUUCUCGCCGGUGUGUGCAGAAAUCGCCUACAAUGAACGCGGCUCUCGUGGUUUCGGUUUUGUGACUUUGGCUUCUGUGGAACAGGCCGAAAAAGCCCGCACGAAUUUUAAUCGCUUGGUUAUUGAUGGCCGUGUUAUUGAGGUGCUUUUGUGGGGCUUUCGUGUCUGUUGUAAAACCCUUUGUAGUGGCUAAAAGCUAACCGCAACGAAGAAGAAACUGUAUCUUGUUGGCUUUUAUCAACCGUGAUCUCAAUUUAAUAGCUUUUUUUUAUCAAGAAUUCCAUGUAGCUAAAUUUUCAAAACUUCGCUUUGCACCUCCAAACAAGCCCCCGAGAGUUUUUUUUUUCGCUUGGAAUGUUCAGAAAAGAUCGAUUUUUUUUGUUUUGUAUAAGCCCCUAAUAGCUUUGAAGUAUUCUCUUGUAACGGGCUUACCCAGCCUUUUCAUUUUUUUUUAUCUAAAUAAUAUGUUUCUGCUCCGCUCUUUUUCAAAUGGUGGGUGUAAACGAGAGUUAACUGCUUUGUCCGACGCGAAGUAAAUGCGAUAUCGCUUCCAGUGCAUUGACGACAUCGUAAAUCAAUCGCCACAUUUUCUUGGCGCGACUCCGUUUUUCUCACGCACUUAAAAACACUUAUGUGUUUUGAAAAUCGCAAAAAGGUGAGAUCGCUCUAAAGAAAACGCCCGCCUACGAAGCAGCACUUUUGCGAUGUCGUCAACGCACCGCCAGCGAUCUCGCUUCUAUAGCUGAUUAACGACUGACUUGAGGGUCCGGACGCGAUAAUGCCUGAGAUAGUGCCUGGCUCGUGGAGAGUGCAGACAGGCCACGCCCCCAAGCUAGCCGUGAAUCAGCUAUAUUUCGGCAGUUAUUUUCAGUAUAGUCUGAUGUUGUGACCUCAUUUGUUUGAAUUUUUGAGAAAAUUUAUCAUUUCAAGGAAAUUACUAUGGAAACCAUCUCAAAUAUGAGAAGCUAUAAAAAAUCAAAAGUAUAUACCAUCGUGAAAGUGUUCAGAUCCGUCGCGCGACUGCGAUCAAAAACGUACGAGAAAAUCGCGUCCCUCGCAAUAAUGAGCCCAGUGCGGUUUAUUUCAACACUGAGCUCAGCAAAUCUGCAUUUAAUAUUCCGUUCGGCAACAUGGGUGGGUUUUUAGACUUUGAUUUGGAAAAUAGAACGAAAAUCAUUAGUAACGUCUACUUUUUCUACUCGUUUUUGUUAAUUUUCUCAGGGACCUUUGCAAUUUAUGAAAUUUCCAGGAGCUCCAAGCCAGCCGAUCGUUGAUUUCGGCCCACCGAACCCGGCCCCAGUCCUCACUCCGUUGGUCGUGGCCCAGCUGCAACUUUUGCAAGCAGCUCAACUCCAGGCUAGUCUGGCCCCGGAAGCUUUGCAAAACCUGCUCCAGCAGACCCAGAUCCAGAACCUUCAAGCGGCUGGUGAGAAAAAUGUUGAAUAUACGUUUGAAGAUUCCAAAGCUAGAGAGCACUGGGGAACGAGAGAGCUUUCAAAAAAAAAAGCUCGCCCUCUCAUUUUUGAACACUCUCUAACUUGAAGAUUAGAAGAAAAACUCGAAAAAGGUGGAAAGUUUUUGCUUCUCAAUUAACUCAGAUCUUUAUAGAAUUAUUUAGUCAGGAAAAAUCAGAAAUUGGGAGAUUAUAAGGUUCAGUGUAACUGGAGUUUUAUUUAACUCUGGAUAAGGUUUUUCGAUUUUUAGAAGAUUGUUGUGAUAAAUUUUCCGUAAAACUAUUCGAAACGACAAAUUUCGGUUCAGUCCUCAUUACAUCCAAGAGCAUUGCGGUAAAAUUAAAGAAGUCCAAACUUAAGGAAGAAUCUAUCUAAGUGCCAAGUAAAUCUUGAACGGUCACAAAUAAAUGUACCUUGUAGGAGCAAUUUUCAGGCCUGAUCCCUUCCCCAGCGGCCGCGGCACUGGCGCAGUUUGGCGCCGCAAACGCGCAGCUUCUCCACCCAUUCAUGCAGACCAACCCGUUCUUCGCCGGCUCACCUCAGCAACAAGCAUCGCUUUCCGCUUCGACCGCGCCGUAUCUCGCCGCCGCGACGCCCGCAACGAUCCCGUCCGUGUCCCAGCUCGCCACCAUGCUCAUCUGCCAGCAACAGAUUCAGUUGCAGCAUAAUCAGAUCAAGGUGGGUUUUUCUUGUGGAUAAGUCGAGUUGAUUGAAAAUAUUUCAAUUACAUUUUCAAAAUGAUUUUGACAAAGUCAGAAGGCUGUUAGAAAGUAAAAAAAUCUGAAGGAAAUAGUGAUAUUUUUUUACGAAAAAAAUUUAAUUUUUGAAACCAGCCUUUCCUAUGAAAUUAAUAAAUUUGCCCAUCUUCAAGUCUUAAAUGUUUCUUUUUCAGUCAUUUUUCAUAAAAUUUGGAGCAGGAUGGAAAUUUCUUUUGGAAAGUAUAAAAAAAUUUGAUAUCUUUUUCUGUGUUAUCUCACCGUAUGCUAUUCUUCGUAAAAUUUCAAAGUAAGUUUUUCGGUUUAUGUUUCUUGAAAUUCACCUUUUUUGUUUUUGUAAUCAUUCCAUAACUUCCUCUGAGCAAGUUGAAAAAAAAAUUCACUGAAAUUAGUGGUUCAAGAAACUUUGUUUGAAGUUUUAAUUAAAUUUAGUGUUUGAAAUGACAGUCAGAAUAAAUCAAUAAAGUUUGUCCAGAUACGUUUCUGUCGCCUUUAUUAACAAAACGAUUCUGAAGUUUAGUCGAUCCGUUGCGUUGAACGAGAUUUAUUUAUCUUUAUCUUUCGAGUUUGAAAUUUCAGUCCCAGACGCCUUUCCAAGGUUUUCCCGGUUCAUGCGUGGAGAAUGUCUUGAUGUCACAGGGAGAAGUCGAAAAUUCUCAGAUCCUGUCUUCCAACCAGUGUUUGUCGAGAAUCAAAUGAUUUCUAUCCGAAAAUGAAAAUUUUCAGGCCGACAAGUGCUUGCCUGGAAGCUCAACGCGACGCCGGAGAAAGUUUCGCCGUUUUUGGUCGAAAAAUACGCGACGACGCCUCUCUUAGCCAACUGCAUCAUGACUGAUUAUAAUAAUGAAGUGAAUUUCGGAAAGUUUCAUAGAUUCAAGCUGUUGGGAUAAUUUCUUCUGCCUGAUUUGAACGUUGAAAAAAAAAGAAAAGUGGUUUUAAUCUUGAAAGUUAAAACCUUUUUAAGAACUCUAGAGUGGUCCCUACAUGGGCAACCUUAACGGCUCUUAUAGGGACCACUUUACCAACCCCUAUAGAGGCUACUAACGAUUACAAAAAAUUGAACCUGAAAAAGAAUUUUUUUAGGCUUAUUAACUCAGGGUGUUUCAAGUUUGUAAAUUAUGAAUUUCACAGAAAGUUCUUCUUCGAUAUUCUAAAAUAAAUGUAGUAUAGCAUAUCUCAUCAUUUUUAUUACUCAGUUGAUACUUUGAAUUGUUUUGAGAUGAACAAAAAUUUUUCGAAAUGACUCAUUAUCCUGAAGCUUCGCGUCAAUCAAGAAGAUAUCAAUAUUCUACAUUCAAAGGCUUCUUUUUUCAAAUAUUUCAUACCGUGUUCAAAGUAUUUUGAGAAAAUUAAAAUUAGGUUAUUUUUUCCAUUCUCUGACGGCUAUUUUGAACUCCUCGAAAUUACUCCAAACACGGGAUUAGAUUUGAUUUCAGCACAAUCCUCUCCGUGCCAACGUGAGUGUCUUCUCGUCGCCCGUCUACAGGGAACAUUGCAAUUUGAUCGCGCAGGAAAAUAUGCGAAUCAUUGGCCUGAAAUUGCCCUCUGAACUUGAUGGUUCACUUUCUCUUCAAAAAAGAACAUAACUUCCAUAUUUUCAGCCACCUACAAAGAGUCUGAAGAAGCCAAGUCGAUGAGGAAGCGUAACCGGGCGAAUGGUUCGUUGUGGAAAAGAAAAGAAAUUCCAAAAUUUCUUUUCCAGAGAUUAUGAUGAACCGCGAAGAGUUUGAACCCACUAGCGUCGCCGAGAAUCAGAAGAGCCCUGGUGAUUUUUUUGUUCUCGUCAUAGACGGCUUUAGGCCCUUAGGACCAGGUCUUUAAUUCAAAAAAUACCUAUUCUCGAAAUAAUUCUGAACUUGAAACGAAUCUUGAAAAAAACUGAAAGCUCCCAGGGUAGUAGGAAAGUUCGAAAAAAAUCUUUUUUUAUUUUUUUCAAAGUUUUUUUAAAUUCUUUUUUUAAAUUUCUCUUUUGCUCUAUUAAUUUUUUUGUUCAUCUGAAGUGAACUGAAAAUAGUUCCGGGAACCCACGGAAAAAAAUCAUAAACUUUGAAAAAUACUAGACGCAUUUAUCAAGUGCAAUGUAACCUAUAAAAAAAUGCUUAAUGAAUUUUUUUAAAAUAAUUUAAUGAAUUUCCUAGUUUUUCGUGAUAUUUUUGCUACCAGAAAAAAAAGAAAACUUUGAAUCGUGUCAGAAAUCUCUACAGCAGUUUGAAUGGAAAAAAUCCAGAUUUGCAUAAAGAUUUUCCACUUUUUCUUCAGUGGAUGUCGAAUCUCAAGGCCCCCUGGAAAAUAUCCAGAUUCGGACGGAUUUCAACCAUAACGAACCUCUUGGCAAACGUCCCAAAACAGAUUCCUGA